CGCCGUGUCAUCGCCGGCGUGAGGUCACGGGCCUGCGAUCACGUGACCGGCGACGCGAGAGCCGCGGAGGCUGGCGGCAGUGCGGUGCGCGCCAUGGCGGACAGCGGCUACGUGGAGGUGAGGCCGCCGGCCGGCGCUCUUCGGGGGAUGACGGCGCGGACUAAGGGCAAGGCGGCGCGCUAUUUCCGCUUCCUGGGCAUCCCCUACGCUGCGCCGCCGGUGGGGCCCCUGCGCUUCCAGCCACCAAAACCCGCGCAGACAUGGAAAGGUGUGAGGGAUGCUCUAAAAUUUGGAAGUCGAUGUGUUCAGCUCGACUUGCUCAGCAAUGAAGAUGUGGGCAGUGAGGACUGCCUUUACCUCAAUGUCUACACACCAAAGUUACCCAAAGGGACAAGGUUUGAUCUAUUGCCUGUUAUGUUCUGGAUACACGGUGGUGGCUUCACAGCAGGUGAUGGAUCUGACAGUUUAUAUGGACCAGAUCUUCUCAUUGAGUGUAAUGUUCUGGUUGUCACCAUCAACUACAGACUUGGUGCCUUUGGUUUUCUAAGCACAGGUGAUUCAGUUUUACCUGGAAAUAUGGGCCUCAAGGACCAAGUGAUGGCUCUGCAGUGGGUCAAGAGAAAUAUUGCAUCAUUUGGUGGAGACCCAAACAACGUUACAAUUUUCGGAGAAAGUGCAGGUGGUGCGUCUGUGCACUAUCUCAUGCUGUCACCAAUGGCUAAAGGUCUUUUCCAUAAGGCGAUUAUUCAGAGUGGUGCAGCAUUUUGUCCUUGGGCAUUCACAAAUGAGCCACGCAAGAAUGCAUUAAAAUUGGCAGCGUCUUUGGGAUGUAAUUCAACAGACAGCAAUGAUAUACUCUCAUUUCUUUCAAAAGUACCACAAAAAAAGAUCCAUGAGAACAGUAUGAAGCUAUUCAGCAAGGAGGACAUGAAAUAUAAAUUUGAAGUACUUUUCCCACCAACAGUUGAGAAAUCUGCAAGUAAUAGCUGCUUUCUUCCAAAACAUCCUCUAAUUCUAUCUCAAAACUCUAAGCAAGGAAUACCACUUCUUAUUGGUUCUACAUCAAAGGAGGGCUACAUAUUUAUGAGAGAAGUGAUUCAGGAUACUUCAAUCCUCACAAAACAUUUCGAAGCAACUGUGGAAAUCAUGAGGAAUUUCUCUAUAAAUCAUGUGAGCCAUGAUUCAUUGAAAGAUCGAAUAAAAAAAUUCUAUUUCAGUGACAAACCUAUUUCAGAAGAAAUGUUAGACCAAUAUGCAGAUUUCCAAACAGAUGCGUACUUUGGUUUAGGUGUACAUAAAGCUGCGCUAUUCAAUGCAGUGAAUUCAUCGUCACCAACAUAUCGUUACAUAUUUUCAUAUAGUGGUGGUAUUAAUAUGGGAAAAGUGUUUUCAGGUGCUUCACAUAUGCCAGGUGCAGGCCACGCAGAUGAGUUGGCAUAUUUAUUCAAUCCAGGUAUAUAUGAUCUUGAAGUGGCUCCAGGCUCAGAGGAUGAGAAAAUGCAAAUAAAAAUGACACAGUUAUGGACAAAUUUUGCUAAGACUGGGGUACCAACAACCGAUCUGCAUUCAGCAGUUUCCACAACAUGUCCACCCUUCACAAAACACCAACAAUUCUACAUUGAUAUUGACAAGAACAUAACUGUGCACAAGGGCCCUUUCAAAGAACGUAUGGCCUUCUGGGAGCAAAUUGAAAAACAACUGGCAUCAAAACUAUAAUUCAGUCUACAACAUUCCUGAAGUUCCAAAGAACAAAAAUCAAAGCAUAUUUGCAAACCAACAAGGAAACGGACUGGUGUAUAUUGAAGAACCAUCAGAUUUUUGGCACGAUGCUAUAAUUUUCAGUUUCAGACAUGGAACAACUGACUGAAAUUGGUACAACUCUGUUCCUAUGUAGAUUCAAACUGAUAUUUAAUAAUGUUAAGUUUAUAUGAUGGUUUUUGAGAGUGAAAUCUCAUGGUCAUGACUGUUUUUAUGGUGGAGUGAAAUGUUACAGUGGUAAAGUUCUUGGCAUAUUUUGAUGUUAAUCAUGGACUGGUCCUCUUGGAUAGCCCAUGACAAUGUAUCAUUGCGAUGGCUCCAUGCAAAGAAAAAUGCAAUUCUCUUAUUUUCUUGCCUGUAUUAAUUCAGAGAAAACAUAUAGCAAGCUGGUUUCCAAACUGGACACUGCAACAUUCCUUCAGAAGUCUUCAUUCAUUGUGAACAAGUAAGUGAGUGUACAAUAACUCCACCUUGAUGAAAUGCGAUACGUUACCAGUGGUAAAUAUAUUUGUUUGUCUCAUAAUCAUGGCAAAGAAAACUGUUAAAUAAAAUUUCACAUGUAUCAUAUUUGUGAUGAUUAAACGAUAAAAACAUAGAUUCAGUCAUAAUUCUUUCACUGUUAGAUGCAAGACUUGGUGGCCUCACUUCUGUUGAUGGUCUGUCACAGCUAUCACUAAAUAAAGAAAUAAAAAGUGAUGGGUGCUAGAUA